ACUCUACCCAUAACGUAGGCCAGCUAGCUAGUUCGGCAUCCGACCUAGUUCAGCAAGCGUUACAUCAGUUUGGGUCGUAUCCCACCUGGGAAAUAGCGGCCUGGAGGAGCUAACGUUACCUACUUUAUACAAAAGGCACUGUGACAUUAGUAUGACACACUGAACUGUCAAACUAAAACAAGAAAGCGAGAGCUGCAGUGACUUAGCAAUUUCAGUUUUUCCGAGGGGGGGCUGUCAAGACGCCACUGGUUUCAUCGUGCCCUGAUUUUUAGCUACAAGACGAGUUAUGUCCUGUCCAUGCACCUCGGCUGCCAGGUUGCUUCUGAACACUGCUCACAGAGGAUUGUCCUGUUCUCGAAUCCAGUUGUAUUCUCUGAGUCGUCAGGGGUCUCGGGAAACUCAUUUACCUCCCCGAAUACGGGUGAGGUCCUUUUCAGAGACGUCUGUGUGCUAUGCCUCCAAAGAUGGAACAACAAAGGAUGGUGGGAGUGAUGGAAAGAAAAGCAUUGGAGAGGGGAAGAGACUAUCUGGCUCUGGAGGAUCAGGCAAGGGGGGAAGCCAGCUGCGCUGCCCUAAAUGUGGAGAUCCCUGCACACAUGUAGAGACCUUUGUCUCGUCAACACGAUUUGUCAAGUGUGAGAAAUGCCAUCACUUUUUCGUGGUCCUCUCUGAAACGGAUUCAAAGAAGGGGCUAAACAAAGAGCCAGAAUCUGCUGCAGAGGCGGUCAAACUGGCAUUCGCUCAGAAGCCUCCCCCUCCUCCGAAGAAGAUAUAUGCCUACCUCGACAAGUAUGUGGUCGGUCAGUCCUAUGCAAAAAAGGUGUUAGCAGUGGCAGUGUACAACCACUACAAGCGCAUAUACAACAACAUCCCUGCAGGGAGUCGACAGCAGGUGGAGGUGGAAAAACAGCCUUCUCUCACACCCCGUGAGCUAGAGAUGAGAAGACGAGAGGAUGAAUACAGAUUCACAAAGCUGCUGCAGAUCGCGGGGAUCAGUCCUCAUGGAAACGCUCUCGGUGCGUCCAUGCAGCAACAGGCUAGCCAGCAGGCACCUCAGGAGAGGAGGGGUGGGGAGGUCCUGGACUCCACACACACUGACAUCAAACUGGAGAAGAGCAACAUCAUACUUCUAGGUCCAACUGGCUCAGGAAAAACAUUGCUGGCCCAGACGCUGGCACGUUGUCUGGAUGUUCCCUUUGCCAUUUGCGAUUGCACCACACUAACUCAAGCCGGAUACGUGGGAGAGGACAUCGAGUCAGUUAUUGCCAAACUGCUCCAAGAUGCCAACUAUUCUGUGGAUAAAGCACAACAAGGGAUUGUGUUUCUGGACGAGGUCGAUAAGAUUGGCAGUGUGCCUGGAAUCCAUCAGCUGAGAGACGUAGGAGGAGAGGGAGUCCAGCAGGGUCUGCUCAAACUCUUGGAGGGAACAAUUGUCAAUGUUCCUGAGAAAAACUCAAGGAAACUGAGAGGAGAAACGGUGCAGGUAGACACAACAAACAUUCUGUUUGUUGCAUCCGGUGCCUUCAACGGACUCGACAGAAUCAUAAGCAGAAGAAAGAACGAAAAGUAUUUGGGUUUUGGGACUCCCUCCAACCUGGGGAAAGGGCGCCGUGCAGCGGCUGCCGCAGACUUGGCAAACAGCAGUGGUGAGACAGACACAGUGGCAGAGAUAGAGGAGAAAGACCGGCUGCUGAAGCACGUCGAGGCCAGGGACCUGAUUGAGUUUGGAAUGAUCCCAGAGUUUGUUGGCCGUCUCCCCGUCAUCGUUCCUCUGCACAGCCUGGACGAGGACACACUUGUCCGAAUCCUGACUGAACCUCGCAAUGCUGUGGUGCCCCAAUACCAGGCUCUGUUCAGCAUGGACAAAUGUGAACUUAAUGUGAAUCAGGAUGCUUUGAGGGCCAUUGCCAGGAUGGCUCUGGAAAGAAAAACUGGAGCUCGUGGGCUAAGAUCCAUCAUGGAAAAGCUCCUCCUCGAGCCCAUGUUUGAGGUGCCGCACUCUGACAUCAUGGCUGUUGAGCUAGAUCAAGACGUCGUCCAAGGAAAAGCACAACCCAGAUACAUCAGAGCCCCGGCCAAGGAGUCAGCGGAGGAGGAAUAUGACUCGGGCAUUGAAGAGGAGAACUGGCCUCGGCAGGCAGAUGCUGCUAACAACUGAACCACAAGUUGCUCAUUUCAACCUCAAAUUCCCUCUGAAAUCAAUAGAUCACUAUGAACCUUUGGAUACCAACCAUGGGCUUUACUCUAGCUCCUGAAAAACAAGCUGUGGACAUUGUUAGAGGCAUCAAAAGCUGAUGGUUCUCAUUGAGGAGUGAACAAGUUAAGAGAGCGUAACAACCUUAGGUCCUGUGCUUCAGAUGAGAAUUCUCUCACAGGGUGGACCUUUAUAAGAUAUUUCAAUCUCUGGGGAUUGUUAACAUUUUAUCUAUAUAAAGAUAAUGCAAUUUUAUUCAUGAAAGGACUUGUAGUUAGUUAAUUUGUUUUCUCUUUUUGUGGUGAUGGGCUGUCAUGGCAAGGGAAGCAAAUGGAAACAAUGGGAUCAUACAGUACACUUGAAAAACAUGGGGUUGCUGAGAAAGUGUAAGAUGUGAUGUUACCAUGUCAAGUAAUGCCUUAUAUCAUAAGGGCAUAAUUAUUCCAUGACACAUCAAUAUUUUGAUGUUUUCUUCUGUGCCACCAUUGUAAUAAUGGUGUUUGCAGUAAAAACCGGGCUGUAAAUGUUGAGCUACACUGCCUAGGUAGCAUUUGUAAGCAGUUUGUAUGACUUUACCUCUGAUUAGGAGAACACAGUGUUGUGUAAUGCACCAGCGCACUAAACAGAGCAGGUGAAACAUAAUGGUUACCUUUUAAACAGCCAGAAUGGUUAUUUUUCAGUGUUCAGCUUCCUUUUCUAGCCCACUAUUUAGGGAAUGUAUAUGUGUUAACUAUCUGACCUCUGGAUCACAGGCCUCUAGUGGAGAGCUGUCUCACUCUGCAGGAUUAGCAGGUUAGCCAACUGACUCAGAAGUGUGAGUCAAAUAAUUCUACAACACCUUAACAUACACAACCUUAGAUUUGAUUCAGCCUCCUGAUUUGAAAUCAUCAGGCUCAUAAUCUCCCAGUCAGCUGGAUGCCGAUUUAAACCUGCUCAGUUAGACAUUCCUCACAUCAGCACAAAUGUUUCUAUUUUCUUUCUUGGAAACUCACCUUUUGUGAAUAAAUAUCCUACUAAUAAAAGAUACUCGAUACACACGUCUGUGCUCAAACCAACACCUUGUCGCUCUCUGACUGAACCGAACCACGCUGCUGUACUACCUAAAAAAUGCUGUUUGUGCUAUAAAAUGAGAUUAAACUAGAGCUGUUCUCCUUUUUGCUUUUAAGUUUCCUUUUCUUCAGUUACUUGCUCUUCUGUUCUCAGAGGCCUGUUACACAACCUGUAAUCCUUUUUCCCCCAAAGUUUGUGACUCUUAAUUAAUUGUGAUUGUUUAAAAAUAUGAAUAAAAUGUAAUCUCUGUACAGAA